UGCACCAAGAAGUUAGUUCUACUCUCCCCUUUAAAUCAGUCUCUCCUUCUCAGACCAUUCCCACCACCAAAUCAGCCAUAAUUAUUCUUCAGCUCGAUCGAUCAUCACACUGAUCUUGCUCCCGGCCUGUCACAUGCAGCUGAACCCUCUUUUGUUUCACUAGGUUUAGUCUAAGUGCCAUAAAGUAUAUAUUAAAUACAUAAACUGUACGGAGCUGUUGAAGCUAGUUAGUGGUCUUCAGAUCAAGAAUUUGAAACUCGUCUUUCUUCGUUGGAGAAUGAAUGGCAAAAAGGAUAGCUUUGAGAUCAAUAUCUCUUCGGCUACGAAAGCCAAACUGCCUGCGGCCAGCAAGAAGUCCGGCGGGAUUGGCUUCUCAUGCAAAGCCUGGAUUUGGAAUGUAUGGGAAUUUUGCAACGAAGACGUCAAUAGGGUAGUAUUCGCGUUCAAAGUGGGCCUAGCUGUUCUUCUUGUGUCUUUCCUUAUACUAUUCCAAGCACCUUAUGAAGUAUUUGGCGCCAGCAUCAUCUGGUCCAUCCUCACUGUUGCCAUCAUGUUCGAAUAUACAGUCGGUGCAACAUUUAAUCGAGGAUUCAACCGAGCACUUGGAAGCUUGCUUGCUGGAAUCUUGGCUAUCGCUGUUGGUCAGUUAGCUCUCUGCACUGGCCCAGUUGCUGAGCCUAUUAUAAUUGGAAUUAGCAUCUUUCUGAUCGGGACUGUUACAUCAUUCAUGAAAUUAUGGCCAUCACUUGUGCCAUAUGAAUAUGGGUUCAGGGUCAUACUUUUCACCUUUUGCCUGGUCAUCGUUUCUGGUUACCGGAUGGGAAACCCGAUCAGGACUGCCAUGGAUCGACUGUACUCAAUAGCCAUUGGAGGGCUUGUCGCUGUCCUAGUCAAUGUGCUUAUUCUUCCUAUUUGGGCAGGGGAGCAGUUGCACAAGGAGCUUGUUGACAGUUUCAAUGCAGUGGCUGACUCACUUGAAGAAUGUGUGAAGAAAUAUUUGGAAGAUGAAGGGUUGGAACAUCCAGAAUUCUCAAAGACUGUCAUGGAUGAGUUUUCAGACGAGCCUGCAUAUAAGAAAUGUCGAAGCACUUUGAACUCAUCCGCAAAACUAGAGUCCUUGGCUAGUGCAGCGAAAUGGGAGCCACCACAUGGGAGGUUCCGACACUUCUUCUAUCCCUGGUCGGAGUACGUCAAAGUUGGAGCAGUUUUACGAUAUUGUGCUUACGAGGUUAUGGCACUUCACGGUGUUCUACACUCUGAAAUUCAGGCACCACACAACCUCAGAUUCACAUUCAAGUCAGAAAUCCAAGAAGCAGCAAACCAGGCUGCAGAACUGGUGAGGCUUUUGGGCAAAGAUAUCAGCAACAUGGAGAAAAGCCUGAAAACCUCUUUACUGAAAAGGGUUCACAGCUCAACUGAGAGACUCCAAAGAGCCAUAGACGUGCAUUCUUAUCUCCUUACAUCCAGCAGUGAUCCCCCAGAUAACUUUUCCAGGCCAUUACCAAACCUCCCUUGUGCCCUUUCAUCCACCCCAUCCGACUUCUCAAACCAAUUGGCCGAUCUUGAUGAAAACAACAGCCUCGAAAACACUGCAAACCCACCCUCAGGGACUCUCCCACUGGCACGGACUGAGACAAUGAAGAAGCAAUCCAGAAGGCUGCAUUCUUGGCCAUCUAGAGAGGUAGAUGCUUUUGAAGAAGAUGGAGGUCUGAAUACAGACAUCUUGCCUCGGAUGAGCGCAAUGGAGAGCACUGCAGCAUUGUCACUGGCUACCUUUACUUCCUUGCUUAUCGAGUUUGUGGUCAGGCUUGAUCACUUGGUUGAAGCAGUUGAUGAACUUUCCAAGAUGGCCAAGUUCAAGCAACAAGGGUUCUAGCUAGCUGGAACUUGAAAGAGGUUUACAUCUACAGAUUUUGAUACGGUAAUAAGGGAACAACUAGGAUUGGAAAAGAACAGAAAAUCACCCUACAGAUCAGGGAUACGAGGGUUCUGGAAAACACUUUCUUCAGCCGUAAAUAAAUUUCUUCUUAAAAAGAAAGAGAGAAUGUAUGACAUGCUCAGACGUAUUCAGUACACCCUAUACAUUGUAUCAUGGAUUUUUAUUAAGGUUUGAAAAACUCAAUUGGGAUGAAAAGAUGA